GGAUCGUGGACCAACAGCCAUACCAGUUUGAUUUUUGGAAAACUGAUAUACAUAAGAGUAUGGAAUAGAGAAGAAUAGAAGAAGAUAGAAUUGCAAUUAAUGAGCAAAAUCUGAAAGCAGAAAAAAUGGUACCACCAACAACAGUAUAGAGUUAGUUAAGAGCAUAUGGCCUAGAGAACAUAUCCUCCUUAGAUAACCAAUCUUAUUAUUUCUUCUCUCUUAUUUAAUAUACAGUUGCACCUAUUUUUAAACUAUACACUAUAAAUCCAUUUCUACUUAAAAUUCUUCAAUUCAUUUCCUACUUCAAUGGCCACCAUGCACUCUAACCCAGCUAAUAAGCAACUUAAAGAGCUUCUUCAAGAAAAGCAAGACCCUUUUGUUCUUCAUCUUUACCUACUUGAAAGAGGGUAUUUAACAAAUAAGAUGUUCAGUUCAAGAAAGUCCAUCAAGAAGUCAGUUAGCUGUUUGAAUUUAUUAGGAGCUGUUUAUUCAAGAAUCAGAAUCAGAAGCUCUAGUCAUAGAAAUGGAAAUGUUGGUGAGAAUAAGGAAGAAGCUGCAGAAUUGGAUAGGUUUUCUUCUGAUAGUAGCUCAACGGUUUUUAAUUCAUGUAGUAAUGGAAGUGAUGCUGAAGAAACUUCAACUUCACACCAAAAGGAUCACUUCUUUUUCAAACCAGACACUUCUCAACCUUUCUUGCUUUGCAAUCCAAUUCAAAAUAAGGCUGUUUCAGAUAGAAAGUUGAGAUGGCAGUGCACAGCAGAAAAUAGAGAGCUGAGUCCAAUAUCAAUACUGGAAGCAGCAGCUUCACAUAGAGCUUCUCCAGAUAAAAAUAAAACAAAAGGGUUCAGGAUUAGAAAAGAAACAAAUUCAUCAAGAACUAACUGUGUUCUUCUGCCAAAGAAAGUUGAAGAAGAAUCCAUUUUAUCAGCUUCUUUAUGGAAAGUACUUUUCCAGUCAGCAAAAGAGAAAUCGAAGACUGAUAAUAAUAAUAAUAUUUCUUCACAGUUCUUAAAAUCUAAUAAAUCAGUUUUGCCGCAAACAAGACAACUUUUAUUUGAUUGUGUAAGGGAAAUAGUGGCGAAUCAAGAAAGAAAGCAGAAGCAGCAGCAGCAACAACAGCAGCAGAGAGAUUAUUUAGCUUCAGAGGAUCUUGGGAAGCUAAGUACUACUAGGGAUAAAAAUAAGUGGUGGGGGAGUAAAUCUUUAAGAGAAAAUGAAUCAAAAUUGUUAAAAUCGGAUUCAGUACAAGAAUGGAGUGGUUUUGAAUCUCAGAGGAGCAAGAUUGGGUUUGAGAUUGAAGAUGCUAUUUUUGAAGAGAUGAGAAAUGAGUUAGUAAUGGAUAUGAUUCAUUUGUAACUAAAUUAUGGAUUUAUCAAUGUGAAUAUUACAUCUUCUGCUCUUUCA